AUGGCAAGGUGGUGCAUUGUGGUGGUUCUUGCUCUAGUUGUAGCUCACACAACAGCUAGAAAUGUGCCUAUGCCAAAUGACGCUGGUUUCAAAGACCAAAAGAACUUUAUUGGUGGAGCUGGUGGCUUCUCAGGCGUUGGCGACAGUGGGCUCCCAUUUGCUGGAGCAGGGGCAGGAGUUGGCGGCAGUCUUCCUGGCGGACUUGGUGGCGGCGCUGGAGGGAUAGGUGGAGUUGCUGGCCUUGGAGGACUUGGUGGUGGUAGUGGUGGAAUCGGUGGCUUAGGUGGUAGUGGUGGCUUACCCGGUUUUGGUGGCUUAGGCGGCGCUGGCGGUUUGGGUGGUGUCGGUGGACUGGGAGGGACAAGUGGCUUGGGUGGACUUGGUGGAUUAGGUGGCGCGGCUGGUGGUGUUUUGGGCGGUGCUGGUGCAGGUGUUGGUGGGGGAGUCGGUGGUGGUGUUGGUGGUGGAAGUGGUGUUCUUCCUUACCCUUGA